CAGACUGCGGAGUGGGUCCGAGGCUGCAAGGGCUGCUCGCGAGUCUUAGCGGGUUUCGACCCGCGCGUCCGGCUCCGCCAGCUAGUGCGCUUUCCCGGCUUACCGCUGGGUGCGCGGGGCUGCGGGUGUGAGGACCACCCCUGAGGUCUCUUCCUGGGUGACCGACCUCCUGGGCCUCAUUCUAGGCCUCCUGGAAGAGGAUCUAAAUUAGGAAAAGGAACUACCCUUAUCCAGGACCAAGCUCUUCUACCUGCGAAGCUCGCUUCCUCUGCACCUCAACUGUGCAGGAAGUGACUCCCCUGUUUACUGAGGAUGAACUGGGGCUGAGAAAGGUGAAGUCGUUUGCCAUGGGCCAAGCAGCUGGGAAGUGACAGAUACCAUUGAGUAGUUUGAAGCAGGAACAGAAUCUUCCGAAAGCUCAGAGCAGAAGCCUUUUUGGUCAACAUGGAGGAAAAAAGACGGCGAGCCCGAGUUCAGGGAGCCUGGGCUGCCCCUGCUAAGAGCCAGGCCAUUGCUCAGCCAGGCAAGAAAGCUACCACUGCUAAGAGCCCUCUCCACCAGAAGCCUGGUCAGACCUGGAAGAACAAAGAGCAUCAUCUCUCUGAUAGAGAGUUUGUGUUCAAAGAACCCCAGCAGGUAGUACGUAGAGCUCCAGAGCCACAAGUGAUUGACAGAGCGGGUGUGUAUGAAAUCAGCCUGUCACCCACAGGUAUAUCUAGGCUCCAUUUGUAUCCUGGCUUUGUUGAUGUAAAAGAAGCUGACUGGAUGUUGGAACAGCUUUGUCAAGAUGUGCCCUGGAAACAGAGGACCGGCAUCAGAGAGGAUAUAACUUAUCAGCAACCAAGACUUACAGCAUGGUAUGGAGAACUUCCUUACACUUAUUCAAGAAUCACUAUGGAACCAAAUCCUCACUGGCAUCCUGUGCUGCGCACACUGAAGAACCGCAUUGAAGAGAACACUGGCCACACCUUCAACUCCUUACUCUGCAAUCUUUACCGAAAUGAGAAGGACAGCGUGGACUGGCACAGCGAUGAUGAACCCUCACUAGGGAGGUGCCCCACUAUUGCUUCACUCAGUCUUGGUGCCACACGCACAUUUGAGAUGAGAAAGAAGCCACCACCAGAAGAGAAUGGAGACUACACAUAUGUGGAAAGAGUGAAGAUACCCUUGGAUCACGGGACCUUGUUAAUCAUGGAAGGAGCGACGCAAGCCGACUGGCAGCAUCGAGUGCCCAAAGAAUACCACUCUAGAGAACCAAGAGUGAACCUGACCUUUCGGACAGUCUAUCCAGGCCCUCGAGGGACGCCCUGGUGACAUCAGAGUCUUGAGAGAGAAGCUUCACUGAGAUGGAGCAAACCUUCCACUGAGAAGCGACUUCAAGAGGCUGGUGCUGCUUGAUCUCGGGGCGUGGCUGUUGGGAAGAUGGUGGGGUUUGUUUCCCAGCUGGAGUCCUAUUAAAUGACAGCCAGUAAUUCAUGUUGGUAAUGGGUCUACCGUGGGAACAGUUAUCCCUAAUCACAGCUCAAAAUCGCUAUCAUCUUUAGGCAAAUUAAAAUCCAUGUGGCAGUGUUCAUGGA